GGGCUAGUGCUUCUUGCUGAGAUUUCGCCCAACGCCUCUCUGAUUCAAACCCACUGAUAGUUAUAUACAUCUCCGAUCAUUUUCGUCUCGCGAGUAUAGAAGCCGACCGAGGCCGUGCUCUGAAAAAGGCAGAGGAAGAGAAGGAAAGAGAGUUGGAAAUGGCGAAACCGUUGGGACACACAGGAGAGUUCUUCAAGAGGAGGGAUGAGUGGAGAAAGCAUCCCAUGGUCGCCAACCAGCUGCGACACGCCGCUCCAGGUCUCGGCAUCGCACUCGUCGCCUUUGGCGUCUACCUUGUUGGCGAGCAAGUCUACAACAAGCUCUAUGCUCCUUCUUCUCACCACGCCUCUCACUCUCAAUCGCACUGAUAAAUUUUCACUCAGGUGGAGAUGAUUGCUUUACGGAAGAUUUAAGCUUUAGGCCUUAAUAUGUUCCAUUUCGGGUGGACUGGUUUGGUCUGUUAAAUCAAUGUGAGACUUGUGGCUGGUAAUUUUACCUUCUAGCAAGUUGGAAAAAUAAGAUACUUGUAAGAGAUGAUGUAUGGAUGUUUUAUUCACUUUCUUCUCCUGUUGGAAUGUUUUAGUUAUAAUCAAUCACAUUCUGUCUUCAGUGUAUCUUUCCCAAUAAGUCAAUAACCUUUAGUUCUUAUGAAAUCUUGUUGCCCUA